GCCGCGCAACAACCCAAGCCCAGCGCCUCUCCAGGUGACCCGGCCUCUCCGCGGGCACCAUCAUCAUUCCAGCGUGCUGCAACUCGAAGGCGCAAAUCACAAUUGCACGUAGAUCCCGUCUGUGUCGCCGCUGUACGUCUGACAUCGUUACGAAGGCGAUCUGACCCGUGCGGAAGAUUAGGACAAAAUUCCCGAUACACGGGUUGCUGAGUCCCAGAGAGGGAACUUUUGUCGAGAUCAUUCCACCAGCAGUGGCAUCAAGCAGCCAAUUUGAGUACUGCACCUUCAACCUCGCAUCUUUUUACCGUGACCCUUCGGGCGAAGUGUUCGCGUUGUGGAACCACCACCACCACCAACCACCACGACCACCACCACGAUGAGCGUGGUGUCUCGAGCCUUCCCCGACGACCGAUCGUCGUUCGUCCAGAUGCACAACAACGACAGCCAGCAGCAGCAGCAGCAACUCUUCUCCUACUUCACCGAGGUGGUGCAGGCGUCGACCCACAGACGCACGGAACACCUCGUGGCCCAGACCCUGGUGCUGGCUCUCAUCUUCCUCACCGCCGUGUCCACCAACGCCCUCCUGGCCGUCGUCCUCAUCAAGAACGCGCGCUCAUUGAGCCCCACGGCGUGCCUGGUGCUGCACCUGACACUCGCCGACCUCCUGUUCGUGUCCGCGGUGCCCACCGUGACGCUGGGCCGCUGGAGGGAAUCGUGGAAUUUCGGGGUGCCCGUCUGCAAGGGGGUCAUGUACACGCUGGGCUUGGGCAUCUCGUCCAUGCUCUACGCGCUCGCUGCCAUCAGCGUGUGCCGGCAACUGUGCGUGAACCGGGCGCCCGGCCGUGCGCUCGACGUUCGAUUCCCCGGCGGCACCAAGGGGCUCGUCGUGGUCGUGUCGGUGGUCAUCGUCGCGCUGUCCGCCGCCGGCGCCGUGCCCGUGGCCGUGUACUUCCAGGUGGUGGCCGUGCAGGUCAAGAACCAUACGGUCGACAUCUGCACGUUCGUGUCGCCCGCGUCCGUCUCCUAUGCGUGGUUCGCGCCGCUCUCCAUCCUCGCCUUCCUCGUGCCCCUGUUGUUCAUGGUCGUCAACUACUGCAGGAUCUUCAAGACCGUCCGGCAGAGCAGAGACCGCACCUGGAACAACGGCCUGAACCUGGGUCUCCAGCCGAAGCAGCAGCACAGAGCGAGCCGGUCCCUCCGGAAGCUCCUGCGCUCCCUCAUGCUCCUGGUGACGUCGUUCUUCAUCUUCUGGCUGCCCCUGUUCGUCACCGUGUGGCUCAUGUACCUGGACAGGGCUGCGAGUAGCCGCGUGGAGAAGCUCAGCACGCCGGCCUUCACCUGGGUCGCCAUCAUCGCGUUUGCCAACACGUGCCUCAACCCGCUCCUCUACGGCUUCUCCAACCGUCGCAUCCGAGCCAUGCUGGCCAGGAGCUGCCCGACCUGCGGCUACCCCGCCAACCGCGUCGACCCGGGCGGCGAGCGGAGGGACGGCGGCGACGGGAGGCGGCAGUGGCGGAAGAAGAGCGGAUCCGGGCGGGUGCCGGCGACGGUCAGCUACAUCGAGGACUCCAAUGAAGAAUACUCGCAGAUCGAGGAAACGUGAGGCGAGGGGGGAGGGUUGAGAUGAGGCGGUCGCGGCUGUGAUCGUCGUCGUCCCUAGUGUCGUCGGGUGGCGUCGACUGAGCUCACUGCUCUGUCCGCACGACGGUCAUCAGGAUCAUCAUAGGUGUUUGCCAACCUUUGGCUGCCAUUCUGUCACCAUCCCUUGUCGUAAUGCGUCCUGCCAAGGCUCAAUGUUCUUAACAGUCAGGAUGUUGUCUCCGAUGUGUGUUUGUUCUCUGAUCCGCUUUGUUUCUAUUUACGUCUCUAUCGGUGCAAUUCACAGGGCGUACCUCUCGCCGUGGUUCCGUUUCGUCUGUCGGUGUCGAUGUUGUCUAAUCCACGGCCAAGUCGGCAACGUCCGCUGAUUUAAAACUUGCGCUGCUUUCAAUCGUCAAAUUUACAUUCGACAACAAAAAGAACCACCGGAGUGCAAUGCGGCAGGGCAUGAAAUGUGAAUGAUUUAAAUAGCGGCACGGUGGAAUUAGACACCUUUGUGUCCAUAUAGAGGGGGCGGUGAAAAAUCCUCUUAGCCACCAACCACGUAAACGUUUCUCACCACCGCGAACCAUUACAGAUGCACUUUUUUUCAAAUCUAUGAUCCGUACAAAAAGUUACAUUAAUUGCAUGUUAAUUUAAUCAAAAUCAAGCACGAUAUAAACACCGUGCUACGCCUGCGACCUACAUCACCUGGAAGGCGCCUUAUCUCCCUAGGAUAUCGGAAGCUAAGCAGGCCUGAGCCUGGAUAGCGCUUGGCGAGGGCAGCCCUCGUUCAUAAAAUCGGUGUCGUAGGCCGCAUCGGGGCUACGCGGCGGGCAGCAGAGGGUAGCACAACAGCGACAUUAAAUUGUACUCUUGUACGGCGUCACAUCCACGCUACCCACUUUCACCAACCCGCACGCGCCAGCGUGGUGAAGUACGCUCAAAUUAAGCCACGUGACCUCGCGCUCUGUGGGGAGGCCUUCAUCCAGCAGUGGAUUGGCAAAAGGGAUGCGCGUACACUAAUGCACUUAUUUCAAGUUAUGAUGAGUAGGGCUAAUUAAAAAUUCGUGUGCCAUGUCUGUGAGCUAGUGUUAUAUCUAAGCACUUUAUCUUUCUCGGGAAAUAUCUGGACAAAUCCACCUGAACGGUAUGUCGUGCGUCUGUUGAAGGCACUAGAGAGUAGGUUGCUGUCCGAUUUGUGUUGAGUUUGAGUGUUUAUUUUUUCGUGUUUGUGGGUUUUCUCCAGGCGUUCUGGGUUAACUCGAAACAGGUAAUGGGCCAAACAUUGCAAAAACAAGUAACCUGCUGAAAAUGAGGCUUUCCUGGUUGAACAUGCUUUAUUCUUUAUGUUCACACAAGAUAUGCACGAAACUAUAGGUUAAAUGACCAAUUUGUUUCAAUGUCCCAGAAACUCCUCUUCUUGGUUCUUUCGGUAAAGUCACGUAGAAAGGAAAUAAUAAAAUAAUACAAAGAAAACAUAAUAAAAUAAAACUUUCAAAUUGCAUAUUGCGGCUGACAUCAUGCCAGCAAGCAAGAUGAUUGUAGCCUUCAUCCACCUGGUGAAUACUUCCACCCCCUUUAAUAACUUACAGCCCUUUGUCAAUCCACUGCUGGAUGAGGACCUCCCCACGCCCUUUCUGUUCGUCGAGGUCGUUUGACCUUAAUCCACCAUGCAGACCAAAAUCCGGUUGAUGAAAGGGGUAUCCAGAACCAGUUCAAAUAUCGUCCGCCACCGAUGCAAACCGUGGCCUAGAGUAAAAAAAAUUACGUGAGUCGGUUUAUAUCUCAGGGCGCUGACCACUGCACCGCCAUUCCAUAAAUCUUGCUGUUGACCCAUGGAAGCAAGUGACGGGAUCGUAGUCUGUGUCCGUUUGAUGCAGACUACAAUUUCCGUCGUUGUGGACACAACGUCUCGUUUGUAAAGCUGUCGGCUGGUGUUCCCCAUCCUGUCGUCGUGAAUGGUGAUGUUCCCGGCCGCCUCGCCAUUUGCGUUGUCGUCUAAGCAAUGCUUUUGGGAACAAAUUCAAGCUUGGCUGCAUAUGUUUCCGCCGUCCUGCUGGAGGGCUCAUUCGAUGAGCUCUCAGGCUUUCACCGUGUGCUGCUUGGCAUUACGUCCGACGUUUCGUUCCAUGUGCUGGGAACGAAUCGUCAGACAACCAUGACAACAGCAAAAAACACACGCGGCACAGCCCCGAAAAAAAACCGCAGCAGAGAGAUAAUUCGAAGAGAAUUCAUAACACUGGUUGCCCAUUGAUUGGUGUCUAUGAAGUAUGGGAAUUGACGGCAGGAACUUCUUGACGGGUAACACACUUUUAUUAAAUCCUUUAGGUAUCACAAUACAACGUGUGGUCUCUCUUCUUCCUCCGACACACUCCACUAAUCUCGUGUAAGCUCUAGGCCUCUGGCUACACCCGAUACACUUGACUCGUGUAGACCCUAUGCCUCUGGCUACACACAAUAUACUCGACUCGUGUAAGCCCUAUGCCUCUGGCUACACAAUACACUCGACUCGUGUAAGCCCUAUGCCUCUGGCUACACAAUACACUCGACUCGUGUAAGCCCUAUGCCCUGGCUACACAUAGUACAUUCGGCUCGUGUAGACCUAUGGCUACACCCACUACACUCGCCUCUGGGUUACACAGAGUCCCGGUCCCCUUAGGACAGCGGGGCUAGGUACCGCAGGGCUCUAGGUCUUCAUCCCCGUCUUCCUUCUUCGCUGGUUACACACUGCCCUUACGCCUGUGUGCAUCCCCUUUUAUAGCCCCUGCUCACGAGGGACGGAGCUGAUGCGGCGUCGACGUGAGCGUCGUUCCUUAAUGACCCAAUCACGACGCACUCUCUCUACGAUCCGCUUUCCCC